ACACACGUCGGCAAGUUGUGGAAAGAGGUCCCUUUGCUCGACGCGCGCUCGUGAUCGCUCACACUUUUCCAGACAAAUUGACGGUGCGCCGCACGCUUUUGUCGCGUCGCACUCAGUACAUCGUGAUCGUGCUAGAUUGGUAGUUGGAAAAGUCUCUCUUUGUGGAUCCUACUAGACUUGCACUUAUAUGAGCUGCUGCUUACUUGGAAUACUCUCGAGAUAUAAAAACAUACCUUGGAUAAGUUCAUUGUGCACUAAUGUCCUGACUGAUAGCUCAUUCCAUUGUGUCUUUAUUCAUUUUUCCGUGUUUUCAAGCACUGAUAUCUGACUGUAUUUUUGCCAUACAAUGAUCGGCAGGUAUUCUACUUUAUUAAGAUCGCAUCGUGAGGGAGUAGCCGAGAUGGAAGGUGUAGUUCAGGACACAUCGGAUACCAGUCACUAGAUCAAACAUUCCAUAACGAUUCUUCCAGGCGAGUGCUUGCCAUCAUCCGAGAAAAAAAAAUACGGCUACACACCCCUGGUUGGCUGGCGUCAUCCGCCCGUGGCGGUGUCACCAAGACUUUGAAGGUUUCUGUUCAACCCGACGUGACGCAGCAUGAUGGAGACACUGUUUCCUUGUCUUAUCCUGAUGUCUUUAUUUCUUGCGAGUGACGUCGCUUCUCAGUUGGUCGACCACUCAACGCCAUUGGCCACUGCUCUGCCACCAGAACACCUAUUGAGCAGCGAAACUGAUAGUGCACUCGUAGCCGCUGAAGCCACGAGGGGUGAUGGGGUGGUAGAUGAAAGAACUAGCAUGGAUCGUACACAUGAAGCUGCAGAGACGACGAUCCCGAACAGGACAUUCAAAUCAACGUCAGUGCAGAGCGUAAGUAAGGUCCACAUGGGUUGGCCCACAGCUUCUGCAAGUACAAACUUUACUGCUGGGGAUGCAAUCAAAACGUAUGUAGUAGGGUCCAAUCCUGCCGAAGGGGACACCAUAACUUUGAGUUGUGUUGUGUUAGAUCCAACCAUCUUGACUGUGUCGUGGUACAGAAUAGAGAGGUUGAGUACACAUGAUAUCCUUGCCCCUGCUGCGGAUGUUCAACGCAUGUCAAUAUUGCUUGAUUCCUCGGACGAUGCGCGUCGUGUUUUUAAUCUUACCAUCGAAUAUUUGCAUAGUGAAGAUAGCGGUGAGUACACAUGUCGAGGCAUUAACCGUCCUGUUGCUGUCGCAACUCUGGACAUUACGGUGAGGUACAUACCUGAGUUGCACUAUCCAGAGUGCUACUUGAACGGUAAAAGACAAGCUAUUGUGAUGGAGGGCGAUACUUUAAAAUUUGAGUGUAGAUCAGAGAAAGGAAUCCCUCCCUGGCAUUUGAUUUGGUUUCGACAACUCAAUAAAAGCAUCGAUGUGAUAACCACGUCAAUCGAAGAUCGAUCAGAAAUGAUUUUUAGCGAACACUCAGUCAUCGCUACACGCGAAUUAACUGGUGCCACGUACAUGUGCUCCUUGGUAUGUUUAUCACAUGAGUGCCUCAAGGCUAACAAUAAUGGCCCAAGGAACUGCAAUAUCGGGCCCUUGAUUGUCAAUGAGCGUCCGCAACCCACUACGCCAGAGAUCAUCACCAUCGACCCCGGUAUGCCGAUCGCCUCCGAGGGUGAUGACAUCGAGUUCGAUUGUUCAACGACGCUCGAGAACGGUAACGCGGUCUGGUUUCCAGUUGGCGGCGAUCCACCGCCCGAUGACCAUAUCAUUAUUUCCGAUGGCGGCUCGCACAUGUCUAUCAGGAACGUGCAGGUCAACGAUACCGACUUAAUGGCAUGCGGGGUUUUCUGCCAGGAGAAACUUGUCACCGUUCGGCAUGCCAAUUUUGAGAUACUUCGUAAACCUACAAGUACAUCCGAACCAACGACGACAAAAACUGCGACGUCGUCGUCAACGACGGCAUCGCUAGCAGCAGUAUUAACUGUCACAGACAGACUAGGAAACGAUGCAGGGGAUCGGGAUAGACGGAAAAAUGAAGAGAUUCAGGCGCAAAGAAGAGUAAAAAUCGGCACACCUUUAACACUUAUUUUCAUGCUUGUAAUAUUAAUAGUACUCUUGGUCAUCGUUGUGCGACUCAGAAGACAUUCAUAUCAGAGAGCGGCAACAGAGCCACCAGAUUUAGGCUAUACAGUAUGACGGAGAGUGACUACAACAACAAAUUGAAA